GGCCGCUCGACGGAGCUACACGUGUCGGUUCCUGACGCAACCGGCCACUCUGCGGGCCUGCGGGCAGCAACCCGAAGCCGGACCCAAAAGAUGCCGCCGGUAAUAAUUGGGUGCGGGCGGCCCCGCGGACCCAAGGCAAGCGCCGGGAUGCGCGACACGUGUCGUCCCCAAGCGCCGCGCGGCACGUGGCGAGCGCACAGGCCGCGGGCGCCGGGGCACCUGCCGGGCCCCCCGUCGUCCGCGACGGCUCGGCAACAGCUCCGUUUUGACGGGGUGGGUUCGAGCGUCAUGUGACGCGAGAGUGAUCGAUGCACGCAUGGAUGGAGAUAUCUGUGGCGUGCACUGUACCGCGUCAGUUUUCGACGCAACAAUGGCUGCGCCUACCAGGGUAGGGCGGUUGAGUAGAGUUGGUUAAGGAUCGAGACGCGGCCGCGGGACCGUUCCCGAGUGUUGUUGUGCUUUUGUUUCCUCUUGUUCUGGGAGCACGAGAGGCAGGCAGUCACGGUCGUGGCGGCGCACAGGGAUUAGCGCGUGACAACUGAGAUAUUUAGCGGGAGAAAGUGCGGCGAGAAUGGCUUGGGACCGCACCGAAACGCGCACUUGGUUGCUUGCCCAGCGUUUGACGCCGGGGAGCGGUCCACUUGUCGCGCGGGCGCGACGGCACGGAACGACGGCACGCCCCGGAAUCGGGUCCGUCCCGCGCACCUGACACCGGAAACGGGACAGGCGUAUAUAACCGGCUCGGCCCUGGGGAAUUGCGGCACGCUAUAAUUGGCUACCGGCCGGCACCGACCCAGCGAGUGGCCAGUUAGGCAAGUAGGCAACUCACUAGUCACUCGCAAGCUCGCGCCGCGUGAGGUUGAUGGGCGCGGGGGCGGUGGGAUGAGCGAGAGGGGCCCGAGCGUGGCGCGGCUGUGCGGCGCGUCGAACUGGGGCAGCGCCGGCGCCGGCGCCGGCAAUGCGGGAGGGAAUGCUGGUGCCGCUGGGCAGUGGGACAGCGGCGGCAAUGCGGCGCGAAUCCGGGGCGUGAACGCGGGGAUCAUGGACGAGCAGGUGCUGGCACUGGUGUUCCGGGCGCUGAACUGGGACCCGCAGUCGCUGUGCGUGGUGGCGCGGGUGAGCCGGCGGCUGCGGGCCGUGGCGGAGCGCGUGCUGUGGCGGGAGCUCUGCGUGUCGCGGGCGCCGCGGAUGGUAGCGGCGCUGACCGGCGGGGCCCCCGCAUCCGCGCCGGCGGCCGGGCGCAUCGGCGGCGGGUGGCCGGCGCUGGCGAAGCUGCUCCUCUUCUGCUGCGGGGCGGCGGGGGCCGCGGUCCCGGGCCACUUCGCCCCCGUGUCGCGCUUCUCGAAGACGUCUGGGCGGAGCUUCCUCUCGCGGUGGUGCGCGGGGGACCUGCUGUACGUGUCGGACCCGUGCGAGCACGCGGUGGCGGUGGCCGCCGACGACGUGGGCGCGUACCGGGGCGUGUUCCGCGGGUUCAUGCGCUCCCGGACGCGGGCCUGGCUGGUGGGCCACCGCGCCCCGCUGGAUCCCCGCGUCCGGUGCCCCUACUGCGGCGCGCGCGUCUGGAGCAUGACCGCCGCGGGGCUCGCCCCGCGCAGCGCGUCCCGACGGCUCGGCGCCAACGAGGGCCGCCUCGAGUACUUCGUCUGCGUCAGCGGGCACCUCCACGGCAGCUGCUGGCUCGCGCGCCUCUCCGACAGCGAGGGCGCCGGUUCCGACGCGUCGUCCGCCGGCGCCAGCGAUGAGGACGACGUCGAGCUGUGACUCCACCAGGCGCUGGCCAGUGGAAUUGUCAACUGCAAAGAGUUUAGUUAGCUUCAGGCCCUCAGCGUAGCAUAUGUCCUCGUCUCUUUGUACUGUUGCAUUGCGUGGCUGUUUGCCUGUUUCCACCAGCUCAGCUCAGACCAGACGCGCGAGGCAGCCUUGCAGUCGCAGGACGCAGUGUGCUUUUGAGCCCUCGCGAAUCUUUGAACCGGUAGUGCGCUUGGUGUGCACUUCGAUGUCACCCCUUUGUUUGUUUGAGACGGUCUGACUUUUCCGUGGUGCUUC